CAAGCACAAAGGCCAGCUCAGCGGGCCCCACUAUUGAUGUUCCUCGCUGCAGAUCACGGUCGUGACGUCAGCCUGUGUUUUUGUGCAGUUUUUUUUUAACCUCCAGUAAACAGGAGUCCUGCCGUUCCUCAUGGGGAGCACAAUCGAACCUGUUACCACGGCGAUAUAAGUCGCCCGGAUCAUCGCUCUGAGCCACACGCUGCUCCCACUGCAGCAGAUAUGCAGAUCAAAGCCCUGGUUGUCUGGACAUGUGCUCUGGUCCUGUCCCUGUUGGUUGGGUCCUGUCAUCCACAGAAGCUCAACAUCCACUGGGGUCCUCAGUCCAUGAUGUACUUGAAGGGCAAACAUGGCAGGAGGUUCGUGUCGGAGGACGACCACAGCGUCCUGAAGCCGGGUCUGCAGGGUCUGCAGGGCUGGUACGCGCUGCUCAGAGGCAUCCAAAAGCUGCAGUCCCCGGAUAUCAGUCAACCCAGACAUAUCGUGAGGUCAGAGAAAGUCCUCAUCCACUACCUCCAGGAGAGAUGAGACACCCAGAGUCCCCCUGUCUACACCUGGGAACCACACUAACCCUUACACACACACACACACACACACAAUUUACUCAACAGCAGACCACUUUCUAUCAGGUGUGUCAGGUAGAGACACAUGUGGUGCCAACGCCCAAAGGGACACCAGCAGCCUACUGUGAAAGCUCUGCCUUUGUGUAUUCAGUAAAUGAAUGUUUCACUCUGUUUUACAGUUUCCUCGUUGCACAGUCACGUUUGAAUUACUGUUUGUGUACAGAUGUCUGCUUGCUGUAUAUUUAGCAACAGAAUAACCUAAAUGCUUUGAUUAAAUGUUGGGAGACGGUCUUUAAACGUUUCCUGUCUUGACCUCUAUGGCUGCAGUGGGUCCUCAUCACCACUAGAGGGGGCCAUUUGAUCGGAGAACACCUGAUGGUCACACGUCUCCUGUAUGGGACUAAUGAUGUUAGCCAUAAUAUUUUCUCUUAAUUCCUCCCUAAAUCACCAGAUGAAGUAAUCAACCAGAUAUGUGUAUAUGUUGAGUAAAGAGACUUUGUGUCAAUCCUUUAUUCAUCAUUUUUUGUA